GCGAGAUAGAGAGAGAGAGAGAGAGAGAGAGAGUGGAUAGCAGACGGAGGAUGCUUCCUGGAAGUUUCCUUUUUCGACUCGAACCCACUUCCUCGCCUGCAACAGUCGGAAAAAAAUCGGAAAAAUUCGUCGAAUGUUUGGGCCAAGAUUGACAUCGAUGCAGAUGUUGCGGCAUUGUCAAUCUUGCAGGCUGGAACUGCCCUUUGUAGAAACCCCAUCUCCUUCUUCUCCUCCUUCAUCUUCUUGCUCAGUUACGGGCCCCCAUUUGUGCCGUGCAGCUUGAUGCCCUGUGGAUUCGCUUCUUGAUCUCCCCAGCCCCCUCUCUCUCUCUCUCUCUCUCUCUCGUCCUUGUUCAAACGCAAAAGAUGGGACCCAUGGAGGAGAGAAUUGACCUUGAUUCUGAAGAGGAAAUCCCUUUUACUUCAUCUCCAAAUGGCAGCAAAGUUCACCCAUUAGAUUUUGAGAAAGUCCGUUUAACAUCACACAGAGGUUUUGCGAACUCAUGGAUUCACAAGCAAUCAAGGAUCAGCCCACUCAGAAGCAUCUAUAUUGUGUUGAUGACAGCAAAGAUAAAUGUAUUGCUACCUUUUGGCCCAUUGGCCAUACUGCUACAUUACCUCACCAGAAAUCAUGUUCUGGUCUUCUUCUUAAGUAUGCUAGGCAUCACACCUCUUGCAGAGCGGUUGGGCUAUGCAACUGAGCAGCUUGCAUUCUACACGGGACCUACAAUUGGAGGUCUUCUGAAUGCCACAUUUGGAAAUGCCACGGAAUUGAUUAUAUCAAUUUAUGCAUUGAAGAAUGGAAUGAUAAGGAUCGUUCAACAAUCAUUGCUCGGCUCUAUUUUAUCUAACAUGCUUUUAGUACUUGGAUGUUCCUUCUUCACUGGUGGGAUUGUACACUAUAAUAAGGUUCAAGAGUUCAAUCAGGCUACUGCCUCGGUGAACUCUGGAUUGCUCUUGAUGGCAGUAAUGGGAAUAAUGUUUCCAGCUGUUCUUCACUUCACGCACACUGAGGUUCACGCUGGAAAGUCAGAGCUUGCUCUGUCAAGGUUUAGCAGCUGCAUCAUGCUCGUUGCAUAUGCAAGCUAUAUCUUUUUCCAGCUAAAACAUCAAUCCAGUUUACCCAACCCCAAUCGCGAUGUUGAUGAGGAAGGAGUCACUGAAGAAGGUUCUGAGGAAGAAGAGAGUGCUGAAAUAACCCAGUGGGAAGCAAUUGGUUGGCUAGCUGUUUUGACCCUCUCGGUGUCUGUAUUGUCUGGCUACCUAGUAGAUGCAAUAGAGGGAGCAUCUGAUGCAUUGAACAUUCCUGUUGCAUUCAUCAGUGUCAUCCUUCUUCCAAUUGUGGGAAAUGCGGCAGAGCAUGCAAGCGCUAUAAUGUUUGCAGUGAAGGAUAAGCUUGACAUUACAAUUGGAGUGGCAAUUGGAUCAUCUACGCAAAUAUCAAUGUUUAUGAUACCCUUCUGUGUUGUUGUUGGGUGGUUGAUGGGGAAAUCAAUGGACCUGAACUUUCAACUCUUUGAGACUGCCACACUAUUCAUAGCUGUAAUAGUAGUGACAUUUAUGCUGCAGGAAGGGAAGUCAAAUUAUCUAAAAGGCUUGAUGCUUAUCCUGUGCUAUCUCAUUGUCGCAGCUAGUUUCUUUGUGCAUGUGGACCCUUCGACCGAUGAUGACUAAUUAACAAAGGAUGGCAAUGCCCACAACGUAGUUAACAGCUUCCCAUGUCCGGCCGCAUAACAGCUGCAGUGCUAUUCUCCCACCUUCCCACCUCCGAUAAUUGUGGAGGCAUUCGGGGCUGGAAAGGAACUUUGGGCUUUAAUACAGUCGAGUGAAUCCCGUAAUUGAGCGGUCACACGGGGCGAAGUGACACGGCCACUACGGUGCUAGUGCGGAAUCGAAAGUUGUAAGCUUGAUUUUUUUUUGCGAAAUCUGCAGACUUUCAACGAGAUGAUUAUUUAGAUGGUGGAAGUGAGUUGGAAGGGACUUUGGCUGCUUUUGUAUCGUAUCGUCACUGCUGACUGAGUAAGAUUGGACAGAGUUGAUGAGCCAAGCACAAUGGAAUGGCAUCCGCGUGGGAUGGCAAUUCGUCUUCUUUGGCCAAUUGAUUCGAGUCUUGUCUCUCUCUUUCAUGGUCGUUCUGGUACGCAACUCAAUAAUCAAGGGGGAAAUACAAUGCGUGACGGCAUGACUCCCGAUUGACAGAUUGUUAGAACAUGUAAAAACUGAUGUUUUGAUGCGACACCCAUGUGAAGGAGCUCAUGUUCUUUCCAUGGUUCUUCAUCAUAAUCAUGCUAACUUUUCUGAUUUUUAAGGUAACGAUCUGUAAUUAGUGAAGUAUAGAAGAAAAAUUACUUACUGAUUUAUCAA